AUGGACCCUGGGGAAUAUGAUACUAAUACAUUAUUGAUUAACAACGUCUCCUCGGUCGCUUUCAAGAUCUACGAGCCUGUGAUCACGCACGCAUCUGCCUACACCUUCUCCGCCUCCGACGUCGAAUUCACGCUCAGAAAUGGGGGACACCUGGUCUAUGCCGACCCGGUUCGGCGGGCAAUCUGGUGCUUCUCCCUGACAGCGAUUGACGGGUCCACCAUAGGACUGCCGGGCCAGCCAUCUCUCGAAGCAGACCUAGACGUCUGUGGCUACAAGCUUGCAUUGGUGGACGAAGGCGGUCUCGAGCCGAUCAGCUUGCUCAAAAACAGGAAUACGACUCCCAACACGCUCAACACUCCUGCCUCUUCAUCACCGAGUGGAUCUGCGCUUGACACAGCGCUUCGAGGCGCACAAGCCCCGGGAGGCGCCAUGACCGCGACUGGUUUCCCUCUGGAGGCAGACAACAAGACAAAUGUUGGCCUCUCGGUAGACUCGAAGGGCUACGGGUCUAUACCGGCAAAAGACAUAUAUGAGUUCUUCACCGCAGCGGCGCUGGCUAGUCUAUCACAGCGGUUCUGUACGAAGACCGGUGCAAUCCCGCUGGAUCUGAGGUCAUUUAUACUACCAUCCAAACCGCCUGAUUCAGAGUCUCUGGAGCCUGCAGGUAUUCCAAUCAUAGCGUCUUUGAGGGUGCAUUUGACAACGACAGGCUCACUCCUCAUCGGCGUCUCCCUGUCUUUCUCACGAGGACUGCAUGCUGGCGCUGAUGGUUUGAAUUCAUCUUUACCGCCUGCUGGUGCUACUGUUCUUGCUGCCCCCUUUGGCGUGUUUGGGACAUUCCAGGGACUGACAGAAGGUGAAGGGAGCUCGAUCGAUGGCAGCGUGGCUCAGUCACCCGAGACACAAAUCACGCGAUUCAGACCAGACGUGGAUGUCAGGACGAGAAGCCCUCUGGCGAUGAAUUGCACCGUCGAUCCUGGCGCAGUCAGUCUCAGGGACGGCUUCGACGCUUUGAACCAUGCAAAGACCUGGUUCCUGGGCAACAGUGAACGGGAAGAGCUAAUGGCCAAGAAAAAGAACGAAAGAGAAGCUGCCGCAUCUAAGGACGCCGCCGAAGCUAACCCUCGCCUGCUGCAGCAAAAUAAUGGGUCCUCACCUUUUGAUAUGCGUCGAACCAGCAACACAGGAGCCGCCGGUGGUGCCAUGUAUCCCACGCCGCCUGACGGUGUGCAGAAUGCGGCAGGCGUCACCCCGUCCAUAGAUGGAACCACGUCCAGCCCCGGAAACCCAGCACCAUCAGCAGCACUGGUUGAUAUUGACACCGCAAUGGUAACAUCAGCAGGCCUAGGUGAUGCUUUUGGCGACGGAUGGGAUGGCUCUGACGCCAAGCGAGAUCAGUCUUUCAUCCAAGGCGAGAAUUGGGAACUCAACAAUGACGUCUUCGUUGACAACGACAUCACCGACGCAGACUUCAACUUUUUCGACGAGCAUCCUGGCUCGAUGGACGUCAGUGUUGCUGAUCUUUCGGAAUUGAAUAGCGGUCUGCCAAACCUGGAGUCGACAGACCAGUUCGCGGUUCCCGCUCCUCAGAAGCCUGCAGAACUUGGAACACCCAAGACCAACAAUUUGCCAGCUCCUCCUGUAUUUGCCAAACCAGAGUUGAAGCACGCAAGGAGCAUCAUAGGCGAAAGUCGCCAGCGUGAUAGCACCAAGGUACGGCCAUCAAACGGGGUCAAAAGGCAGCCCAGCCCUUUUGAUCCCACAGCCGUCUACAAGAGGCUGAAGGCAUCCAUUGCAGGUGGUUUUCGGACCAACACGAAUUCCGUCGAUUUACCGGUUCGCCGAGGAAGUGUUUAUGACAAGCUUCAGUUCGAUCCCUCUCUCUCCAUGGUGAACAAAAAGUACGAGCACAGCGGCCGGUUCGACUUCCAAUGGGAAAAUGAGGAGAACGCACAGAAAAGCUCUGGAUCACCUCCAACGACCGACUAUCUCCGGCGGCAUGGGAAGUCACGAACCACGCUGAAAGACUUGCCCGCGAAUAUGGGCUCUCGAGGUGUGGAGGCACCGGGGACCUUGGAAAGCAGUAUGCAACUUGAUUCUAUCAAGUAUGAGGACUCGACUUCCGACGCUGAUGAAGUCAGUCUUGUUUCCGAUCAGGACGAUGCAAGCGAUUUCUCCGACGAGCCAUCGUCACCUACGAAAUUGAGCGUGCGGCGGCGGCGGCUUGGGGAUGACAACGAAUCACUGGCCCCGUCGAUAAGAGACAUCGAUUUUAUGGAUGAUUCUCAAACGUUGAGCAGUACUGACUUGUCCAAACUAUCGAUAAAUGACCACUCGGAGACGGCUAUCGCUCGCUACUUUGCCGAUGCUGAACCAGCCUCGCAGCGACUGAUUUCCAACGACGAUGAAUUCAUGAUGGUUGCACAAAUACUCACAGAGCAGGCUGCCUCUGGCUACCUUAAGAUCACUCUGCCAGACUCGUUACCUGCUAGUCUCCAUUUGACUGACCUGCAGCGAGACAUUGUCCAUGGCACACAAAAUUCGUUGCGAACACUCCAGACCAUACUGCCCCCAAACCUACAAACUGCGACGAUAUGCCAGCUCCGGCAGCUGCUCGAGAUACAGGAUGUCCCAUUGCUGGCGGCACCCAGCCGCCUGCAACCACGUCCAGCGGGCGGGCCGGAACAGCGACCGAGUCUCGUCCAGAUCCCCGCACCGCACCUCGAAUUGCGAAGACAAGACUCCAGGUUGUCCGUCUUGCCGUCUGCUGUCAAAUUUUGGGAGACUCUCGGGCUCGGGCCUUCCCAGGGCCCUAAGAACGUACAUGCUGUCUGCGUGUUCCCUGGUCUCGACGGCGUAGCCGACUUUGCUGGUAUACUCCUAGACCGUCUUCACAAUGUGUACGAAUCCCUGAAGUUGGGAAGUUUCGAACGAAUGCCGUCGUCGGCAAACGUGCAGAACGGCCUCGUCUCGUAUGAGGUUGACAGGACGAACAACGCCCCAGUCUCAUCCCCAGGGUCUCAAUUCAGAUCACCCUUGGUUGAAGAUAUGGCCAAACUUGCUGUGGCUAUCUUCAAUUCAACAGCCGUUUCCAAAAACUUAGUCGUUUACUUUGUUUACACACCUGACAAUCCCCAGACAAUAGUUGAUGCCUGUGCGGCUUUCAAAAGGCUCUUCGACAUAUAUAAAAGAGCUCUGGCAGAAAGAAAGAAGCCGGCACAGAAUGAGCUGGUGCUCCAGCUCGUCUCCCUGGACUACGUGGCCACGUCGACUUCGCUUGUGGUCCUCCAGCCACCUGAGCACAUACGACUGUGCCUCGAGACUUAUGAUCGCUGCACACUUUUUGGGGGGCCAAUGCCGUCACCAGCCAUUGUUCUGGAGCAGCCCAUAACCCGCGGUAUCGACUUUCAAAUUAGAAACCCACCCUCUGCGAACAUACUCCAGGAGAACUCAUCAAUGCACAUCGCAUACGCGCAUAGUGUCGACGAGAGAUGGAUCACAGCAGCUUGGUCGGACAAUCGUGGCUGCAAGCAGAUGACUGCAUCGUACUGCCUGGGUAGAAGGGGAAAGUCACUCUCAAGAAGCUUUACUGAUGUGGCUCACGAAAUCUGGACAACUACUUUCGACCUGAUAUCCAUCUGGAAAGUGCACUGGCGCAUAAUUGUCACCAAAGUUGGGGCAAUGGAUCAACAAGAGAUCAGCGAUUGGAUCAACCUGGCGCAGGCUGAGACCAAGGCUUCUGUGACCCUCACUCUCUUGGCAGUAGACACAAAUCCGUCACUGCAAUUGCUCCCAUCGAUAUCGAAAGUCCCGUUUACUGCGCAAUCUGUAUUCUACUCAACGCCAGUAUCAACUCCCCAGUCAUCCAUGGUCUCUCCAGAGCAAGUCGGAAACCCGGCAACACCGAAAGGGGCGCCGACUUCCUCACAGAACGCCACCACACCAGGCGCAGACCCGAACGCGACCGAGACCGACUCGGACGCUAGCCUCGUGGACGUCACCGACACAAUCUGGGCGGCGAUAGCCUCGCAUCGGCUGAACGUCUCACACUCUCUGACUGACCCCAACCCAGCUCUCAUCAGCGGCUACCUGAUCAAGCGCGGAGGGUCUAAUACCGAGGACCCACCUACCGUCCUGGAGGUCAACGUGGUCCACAGCGAGGGAAAUCCUCGGAUGCAUGAGCUGCUUCUUAGAGAGAUGCUGACGUACUUCCGCGGACUGGGCACCAUUGCAAGGGCUAGGUCCGUGACCGAGGAAGAGGGCGAUGUGCGGCCAUGGCAUAUAGCCGCGGCAGAGAAGGGCGUAGAAGCACUGUACCAGUUGAUGUGA